AUGAGCCAUUACGAUUCGGAGAAUCAUGCCCCUGAGCCUACCAAGCAUCACGGUGAAGAACCCGGCGUCACCAACGAUGCUGUCUUUGGAACAAUCACCGAGGAUGGUCCCAACUACCGAAACGUUGGUUGGCUCGGAACCUCAGUUCUGAUGAUGAAGUCCCAAAUCGGUCUCGGCGUCCUGUCAAUCCCCGCCUCCUUCGACGCCCUCGGUCUCAUCCCCGGCAUCAUCUGCAUGCUGUGCAUCGCCGUCAUCACAACCUGGUCAGACUACAUCGUCGGACGGUUCAAGCAGCGACAUCCCGAGGUCUACGGCAUCGAUGACGCAGCUGGUCUUGUGUUUGGACGCUUUGGAAGGGAGUUUUACGGUAUCUCGUACUCGCUUCUUACGAUUUGCAUUGCGGGAUCUGCUAUGCUUGGUAUUUCGAUCGCUUUGAACAGUUUGAGUAUGCAUGGUACUUGCACUGCUGUCUUUGUGGCUGUUGCUUGUAUUGUUGCCUUCGUUACCGCUUCGAUUCGAACUCUUGAUAAAGUCAGUUGGCUUGCUUGGGUUGGUCUCGUCACCCUCGUCACAUCCAUCUUCGUUGUCACCAUCGCCGUUGGUGUUCAAGACCGCCCCGACCUUGCCCCCAAGGAUGGUGUCUGGAAGUCCGACUACAAGCUCUUCAACACUCCUACCUUCGCUGAGGCCAUGUCUGCCAUCGCUGCUUUCAUCUUUGCCUACUGUGGAACUCCCGUCUUCUUCCCUAUCGCUGCUGAGAUGCGAGAGCCUAAGCACUACAAGAAGGCUUUGAUCCUUUGCCAGAGCGUCGUCACUGUUGUUUACAUUGUUGUCGGCAUCGUUGUCUACUACUACUGCGGUACCUACGUCGCUUCCCCCGCUCUCGGAUCUGCUGGAAAGACCAUCAAGAAGGUCAGCUACGGUCUGGCUCUCCCUGGUCUCAUUGUCUCUGCUACACUCUACACUCACGUUCCCGCCAAAUAUGCCUUCGUUCGCCUCCUCCGAGGCUCUAAGCACCUCACCGCCAACAGCUUCACCCACUGGGCCGUCUGGCUCAGCUGCACCUUCGGCAUGGCCAUCAUCGCCUACGUCAUCGCCUCCGGCAUCCCCGUCUUCGGCGGUCUCGUCUCCCUCGUCGGCGCCCUUCUCGGAACCCUGCAGUGCAUGCAGCUCUUUGGCUGCCUCUGGCUCUACGACCACUGGGCUGAGGGCAAGGACAAGUCUCAGCGCACUACCAAGUGGACCAUGAUGGUCGGCUGGUGUAUCUUUGUUAUCGUCCUUGGUACCUUCCUCAUGGUUGGUGGUACUUAUGGUUCCAUCAAGGGUAUUAUCGACUCCUAUAACGUGAGCGGCGGUUCUGCUGCUUGGUCUUGUGCCGAUAACUCCAACUCUUCUUAG